UUUCCAUUAGUUGUCCCUGCCACUGGGAAAGGUAAAUCGGCGACGGCGGCCUCAGGAGCUGUGGGGUCCCCGGCUGGAGGUGGGGGACUCGGCUGGAGAGAUAAAGCACAAGUAGGCAGAGCAGCAGACAGAGGGAGAGGGAGAAGCCGACUCCCCACUGAGCAGGGAGCCUGAUGCGGGGCCUGAUCCCAGGACCCCGGGAUCACGACCUGAGCCGAAGGCAGACGCUUAACAACUAAGCCACCCAGGCGCCUCAAAAACGGAAUCAUUUAAUACUUCACAUUAGAACAAAUAUGUGAAAGUCCCUGCCAACCUGUGAGAAUUUCUUCCUUCGACAUUUUGGUUCUACUUCACAACUUUCUUAGAAGUUCUUUCUUGAUGCCAUGUUCUGUGGCUUGCAUCAAAAGAGGAGUUUGUCUUCAUGAAGAUUCCUAACAUUGGUAAUGUGAUGAAUAAAUUUGAGAUCCUUGGGGUUGUAGGUGAAGGAGCCUAUGGAGUUGUACUUAAAUGCAGACACAAGGAAACACAUGAAAUUGUGGCAAUCAAGAAAUUCAAGGACAGUGAAGAAAAUGAAGAAGUCAAGGAAACGACUUUACGAGAGCUUAAAAUGCUUCGUACUCUCAAGCAGGAAAACAUCGUGGAGCUGAAGGAAGCCUUUCGUCGGAGGGGGAAAUUAUACUUGGUGUUUGAGUAUGUUGAAAAAAAUAUGCUUGAAUUGCUGGAAGAAAUGCCAAAUGGAGUUCCACCUGAAAAAGUUAAAAGUUACAUCUAUCAGCUAAUCAAAGCUAUUCACUGGUGCCAUAAGAAUGAUAUUGUCCAUAGAGAUAUAAAGCCAGAAAAUCUCUUAAUCAGCCACAAUGAUGUUUUGAAACUGUGUGAUUUUGGUUUUGCUCGGAAUCUAUCAGAAGGCAAUAAUGCUAAUUAUACAGAAUAUGUGGCCACCAGGUGGUAUCGGUCCCCAGAACUCUUACUUGGAGCUCCCUAUGGAAAGUCCGUCGAUAUGUGGUCAGUGGGCUGUAUUCUUGGGGAGCUUAGCGAUGGACAGCCUUUAUUUCCUGGAGAAAGCGAAAUUGACCAACUUUUUACUAUUCAGAAGGUGCUAGGACCACUUCCAUCUGAACAGAUGAAGCUCUUCUACAGUAAUCCCCGAUUCCAUGGGCUCCGGUUUCCAGCUGUUAACCAUCCUCAGACAUUGGAGAGAAGAUACCUUGGAAUUCUAAAUAGCGUCUUACUUGACUUAAUGAAGAAUUUACUGAAGUUGGACCCAGCUGACAGAUACUUGACAGAACAGUGUUUGAAUCACCCUACAUUUCAAACCCAGAGACUUUUGGAUCGCUCCCCUUCAAGGUCAGCAAAAAGAAAACCUUACCACGUGGAAAGCAGCACUUUGUCUAAUAGAAACCAAGGCAGCAAAAGUGCUGCUUUGCAGUCUCACCACAGAUCCAACAGCAAGGACAUCCAGAACCUAAGUGUGGGUCUGCCCCGGGCUGACGAAGGUCUUCCUGCCAACGAAAGCUUCCUAAACGGAAAUCUUGCUGGAGCUACUCUUAGUCCCAUGCACACCAAAACCUACCAAGCAAGCAGCCAACCUGGGUCUACCAGCAAAGAUCUUACCAACAAUAACAUACCACAUCUUCUCAGCCCAAAAGAAGCCAAGUCAAAGACAGAGUUUGAUUUUAAUAUUGACCCAAAGCCUUCGGAAGGCCCAGGCACAAAGUACCUCAAGUCAAGCAGCAGAUCUCAGCAGAACCGGCACUCAUUUAUGGAAAGCUCUCAGAGCAAAGCUGGGACACUGCAGCCCACUGAAAAGCAGAGUCGGCAUAGCUACAUUGACACUAUUCCACAGUCCUCUAGGAGUCCCUCCUACAGGACCAAGGCCAAAAGCCACGGGGCGUUGAGUGACUCCAAGUCUGUGAGCAACCUUUCUGAAGCUAGGGCCCAAAUUGCAGAGUCCAAUACCAGCAGGUACUUCCCAUCCAGCUGCUUGGACUUGAACUCUCCCACCAGCCCAACACCCACCAGGCACAGUGACACGAGAACUUUGCUCAGCCCCUCGGGGAGAAAUAAUCGAAGUGAAGGCACUCUUGACUCACGCCGAACCACAACCAGGCAUUCUAAAACGAUGGAGGAGUUGAAACUGCCCGAGCACAUGGACAGCAGCCAUUCCCAUUCUCUGUCUGCACCUCAUGAAUCCUUUUCUUAUGGGCUGGGCUACACUAGCCCCUUCUCUUCCCAGCAGCGUCCACAUAGGCAUUCCAUGUAUGUGACCCGGGACAAAGUGAGAGCCAAAGGCUUGGACGGAAGCUUGAGCGUAGGGCAAGGAAUGGCGGCCAGGGCCAACAGCCUGCAGCUCUUAUCACCUCAGCCUGGAGAACAGCUCCCUCCAGAGAUGACUGUGGCUCGAUCUUCUGUUAAAGAAUCUUCCAGAGAAGGCACCUCUUCGUUCCAUGCAAGGCAGAAGUCUGAGGGUGGAGCAUAUCAUGACCCCCACUCUGAUGAUGGCACCGCCCCCAAAGAAAAUAGACACCUGUACAAUGACCCUGUUCCGAGGAGAGUUGGCAGUUUCUACCGAGUGCCAUCUCCUCGUCCAGACAAUUCUUUCCAUGAAAAUAAUGUAUCAACCAGAGUUUCUUCCCUACCAUCAGAGAGCAGUUCUGGAACCAACCACUCAAAAAGACAACCAGCAUUCGAUCCAUGGAAAAGUCCUGAAAACAUUAGUCAUUCCGAACAACUCAAGGAAAAGGAGAAACAAGGUUUUUUCAGGUCAAUGAAAAAGAAAAAGAAGAAAUCUCAAACAACAGAUUCCACCAACGGGGAGAAUCCAAGCAUCAAGAAAUCCCUCUUUCCUCUUUUUAAUUCAAAGAAUCAUUUAAAGCAUAGUUCUUCUUUGAAAAAGCUUCCUGUAGUCACUCCACCCAUGGUGCCCAAUUCUGACGGCCCCGAUCUGCUGACAUUACAGAAAGCCAUUCACUCUGCUAGCACCCCGAGCAGCAGACCAAAGGAGUGGCGUCCUGAGAAGAUCUCUGAUCUACAGACCCAAAGCCAGCCGUUAAAAUCACUGCGCAAGCUGUUACAUCUCUCUUCAGCCUCAAAUCACCCGGCUUCCUCAGACCCCCGCUUCCAGCCCUUAACGACUCAACAAGCCAAAAAUUCCUUCUCAGAAAUCCGGAUCCACCCUCUGAGCCAGGCCUCUGGCGGGAGCACUAACAUCCGGCAGGAGCCCACACCAAAGGGCAGACCAGCCCUCCAGCUGCCAGGUCAGAUGGACUCUGGUUGGCAUGUGUCCUCUGUGACCCGGAGUGCCACAGAGGGGCCUUCUUACUCUGAACAGCUGGGUGCCAAGAGCGGGCCAAAUGGGCACCCCUAUAACAGAACAAAUCGGUCUCGAAUGCCAAAUCUGAAUGAUUUAAAAGAGACAGCCUUGUAAUGUGUGCUGGGGUGGAGGGUGGGGGGCUAGGUAAGCCAGUGGGAAGGGGAUGGGAGGGUGUGGGUGGGUGGGGAAUGGGCUGGGCUGGGGUGGUCAGCCAAGUAUUUUCAGCUUUAUGAAGGUGAGUGCAAUAUUGUACGUGUGGAGCCCUCUGGCUCCUCACGGGCACAAGUGCUAGUCAGGGAUCUCAGAGCCGCAGGAGUUCCUUAGGGACCGCCAGUCCCCAUGGAUCUUGUGUGAGAAUGGAGAGAGUGUGCCAUUGAGGAAGAAGACAUUCUUGCCAGUUUCUCCCCUGUACAUUCCAGCUUUAGUGCAAUCCCUGUUGAACUUGGGAAAGCCAGGAUGUGUUCUGGUACUGCAAGGGAUAGAAAAAUUCAUGCUGACCGAUGCCCUUACCACAGUUUUGGUUUUUGGUUUUUGGUUUUUUGGGGCCUAAACUAAAGGUGGGGUUUAUUGUAAUCCAAGAGUAUCCCUUUGAAGGAUUAGCAGAUGAACUAACUGUAAGUCUUAAAUUGUUUUCUAAACUUCCCUAUUUGAUAGGAUUUGUAACAUUUAUUUAUAAUUAAUAUUGUACUGUUCUAAUCAUACCUUUUAUGUUAAAUGUAAAGUUAUUUUGAGCUGUUUGGAACAUUGUGAAGCAGUGGGACAGCUACAGUAGUUUCUAUAAAAACUAAACAGUAACAUUUAUAUAUUGCAUCAGGAGUAUUUUAUUCUAUAUAUAAAUAUAUAUAUAUAUAUGGUAAAUAUCUGUCUGUUUUAUAAAUAUAAUCAUUUAAAGAAAGUAUCAUUAUGACACUAUCUGCCAUAUUUUUAUACAUUUGUGAUAUGAAGUGAGUAUUAUACUUCUAAUCAAGGGAGUUGAAUUGUGGCUAUGUGUGACUAACAGUGGGAACCGUGCUCAACUUUUAGGCCCCAGCAGUAGCCUCUAGACAUGAUCCUUGGUAGCAGAUGAGAUGCAGCAUCUCCUCCCGAACCCAUAGGCAAGAAAGGUGGUUAGGCCAGUGAGAAUUCUAGCAGGUCUCUGUCCUGUCUCUGUCCUCACAGUUGGCUCCUGUUCGCAUCCAGGGACGUUCCUUGCACCUGAGGGGAGAAUAGAUCCAGGGUUACUCAUGGGUCUUUGUUGAGAGAAUAUGCUUUUCUCCUUAGCAUUGGUGUAGAGUGUAGACCAAAGAUUUGCCAGUGAACAUUCCUAGGUUGCAAGGUUGCAAGAGGCACCUGUCUGUAGAUCUUGCAAACCAGCUCUAUGCUCCUGAAUCCUGUGCACUGUACCGGAGACUCUUGGCUGGUGGGGUGUGAGAUCCAUGUGUGGCAUUUCUAUUUCUAAAUGUUUUUGUUGUUCUUGUUGUUGUGAUUGCUCUUUCCAGUAUAUUUAAAAGGCUCCUGAAGCAAUUCCAGAUGUAGAGAAAAUUGCUAUACUCAUUUUUUCUUCCUGGGACUGUCCAUUUAUAACAAGGUUAUCACGUACAUCAGUACACACACACUAUCAGAACGGGACUUCUCUCCCUCAUUUGAUCUCCUUCGACUCCCAAGUUAUUCUCAAGCAUCAUCAAGGCCUAUGGCCAACAAGGGUUAUAGCCCGGUGUCUCUGGGCCAUUCUUGACAGAAAUCACCUCAAUACCAUCUAUCAAGAGAAUUAGAUUUUUGGAAGUAGUCUCUUAGCAAUAAUAUUUUUAAAGACCCACCCCCACCCCUCAAAGGGGUAACUUCUCAAUAUUUAUUACUUGUCCCAGGAUUCUGAGAGCAUCGGCCCCUGAAUCAAGUCAGCGAUAAUUGAAAUGUGCUGAAUUACUGCUCCCCCUCCCCCCAAGAUUUUGAGAAUCAUAGCUCUGAUGAUUAUAAAGAUUAUAAAGAAAAGGUCUUAGUUUCUUUGAAGCUUAAAUUGUGUGCAUAUUACAUUUUUAUAUAACUACUAUAAUGUGUAUUGAUUAUAUAUAGAGGUCAUUUUAAGGUGCUUUUUAUUUGAUUUUAAUAAGUGUAAUAGGCACUAAAAUGAAACUCAACUGGGUACUAUCAUUAAAACAGUUUGAUUCAAACCAAUAGUUUGCAUGCUCUUUGGUUCUUUUUAUAUCUUGUUUCUUUCACCAGUUCGGUACUGUUCAAGUAGCUCUGAAUUCUGGCUUUUCCCAGGCAAGCUGCUCAGUUAUAUAAGUGACGUGAACCCUUAGCAGUUUUUGCCUGGAUACUAAUGAACUCUAAAAGGGUGUGUAACUCUUCUUUUUCAUACUAGAUCUGUACCUUGUAUCCCCCCUCCUUGCAAACCAGAAACUACAUUUUUUUCCUCCGGAAAGACUUCUCACUGUGCUGUGCGCUUAGGAACUGCGCAGUCACAUUGCCAUGCUGUGGCAUUUGAGGCUCGUUGUCACCUAGGGGCUGGUUUCCCAUGUUUUCAUCCUUGCUAACACUGGGAUCUCAGAUGUUUGCAGAACAUUUAUAUUCAUGAUGGUUCUUCAAAGAAGGGCUAGAAUAAUUGCCUUCUACCUAGAGCAAAAGUAAACCUAACUGAUGAAGAGUCAAUACGUACUUUUCGUACAUUCCCAGAUUUGAGCCAGAAAAUAUCUACAGUAUUUUCAACUAGUGUUUUUGAGGUAGCUCUUUUAUCCUCGUCUCUGCUUUUGUCCAUUCUGACUUUUCAUUGACCUCAGUAAGCUAUAAUAAGUGAACUACAAUCCGCAUUUCUAGCAUGUAUAAUUCUCUUCCUGCUCGCCGAGGGGAAUGGUCAAGUUUUCUCUCAAAUCUAAUGGGCCCUCUCUUAGCUUUUAGCUGUUGUUUUCCUCUGGUAGAUGAAUCAUUGACCUCACAAAAAUUGCCAUCCAUCAUAAGAAGGAUUUGAUUUAAAGUCACAAAAGUCUGCAUUUUCUUUAAGAAGAGAAAUUUAGGAUGUUCAUAUUCUGCUCUCUGCCCUAACUUCCUAACGGAUAAAAUACCACUGAAUGAAGGCUUAUGAAUUACUUUGUUUUAUGGAAGUAUUGCUGAUCUACUUUUGAAAAGAAACUCUGCUUCUCUGUUUUUCUACUUUUGCUUUACCACCAUCCUCGUUCUUCUUCUCAGAAGUUCUGAAUGAACUUUUACUGAACCUUGCUUGGUCUCAGUCUGAGGGUUAGCCUCUUCAGAGCCCAAGAUCAAAAGUAUUCCAUGCUAAGGAGCUCAAGUGAGCUGUCUCUGUAGCAGUGGUUCUCAGUCAGGGCCAAUUCUGCCUCCCUGGGACAUUUGGCAACAUCAGGAGACAUAGUUGGUUGUUAUAAGCAGGAGUGGUGGGGGAGCUCCUGGCAUCUAGUGGGUAGAGGCCAGGGAUGCUGCUGAACAUCCUGCCGACAGAGGAUCCCCCCACAAACAAAGAAUGACCCAGCCUCAAAUGUCACUCGUGGUGAGGUUGAGAAACCCUGCUCUACUGGAUUCCAAGCCCACUGCUCUGCAGAGCUUGGCUCUGUCCUUGUUCUCUCCAGGCUACUGGAGAAACUGCGGGUAUGAAUUCUGCAGUACCUCAUUUUCUGCAAGAAUCUUCUACCACUUUUUUUGAAUCCCUGGAAUCCUGUUUGUUUUCAUUGUCUGGGCCUGCUACAAGGUGCGUCCUUUGGGAGGAGACCAGAGUGGCUUUAUAGGUGUUUGAGUACUUAAAUUCUAGGUCAGCAUCUUGAGAAAAUCUUGCAUAGAGCCAUGAGGCUUAUAUUUAGAAGCGAGCAGCAGCCUGGCAGAUUGGCAUGAUUUUUACCAACUGCUCAAAGGCAUCCAUGGCUUCUAGCUGUGUCUCCCAAAGGAAAAUGUCAUUGUCUUUUAUUCAAGGCAUUUAAUAGCUCUUUACAAAUAUUGGCAUAUGACAGACCGAUUAGAAGCAAAAAAACUCUCUCCUGGUGGUUGUGAUGUGGCUGUUAUAGGAGUGUUUGUGCUGUACGCUUUGGUUAAAUCUGUUUUAAAACCUGCUUUAAGAUUUGCCAUAUGCAGUUGUACUUUAAUUCUAAGCUCAGAGCUGUGCUGGUUAGUUUCUAGUCACGUCCUGUAUUAUAAAGUAUGUUGUGGUUGUAGAGUUAGCCAGUUUAGCAUGUUCCUAAUCUGAAAAUUAGUGGACUUCACUAGGAAAUGCUAUCCCAUUUUCCCUUCCCAGCACCCCUUAUCUUAGUUAACGUCAUAGUAUCCUCACUUCUUAAACUAGUUUUUAGAGUAAAUAAGGAAAAAAGCCAUUUAUUUUCUUCUAGCUAUGUAUUGAGAAUGACUCAAUAAGUGUACAACUUUUUUUUAAAGGCCAGAGGAUUACUUUUCAAGUGUGUAGAAGGCUGUGUGUCCAUUUCUGUUCACCUAGGUCCUGGUGGUGACCCAACUUGCAGCAAGAGCAAUCGCUCAUUGCGACUUACUCCCAGAGUUCAGCUGGGACUCAGAAAUCUGCAUAUUCUCUCCUGGUCACAUUUUUUCUGGAGAGCACUGCUUUUAUAUCUAGAAGUUCGUUACCUCCUACAUUAUAGUGGGAUAUUGAGCUCCAUGUGAGCACUGAGAUCCGCAGACUCAUACUUUUGUGAGUUGGGGAUAUGGUAUGAUACACUGAACCAAGUCAGAACAUAUUGAAAUAUUUCCUUGCCUCCUUCAGUUCAUCACUAUUAAAGUGUGUAGGCAGAGAAAAUGGAUUUACGCUUUUUAAAAAAUGGUUUCUUUAAAAGGGGCUGCAGGAAAGCAUCCUGCUGCUAAUCUCCAGGGCCAGAAUCUCACAAGUUUCUCUCAGAGACUUAAAGAACCAUCUUACAAAAACAAAACCUUGUAAGUGGUUCUGAUUUCUUCAUUUUGUAUCUUAACCAGCUGAAAUAUAGAAUAUCUUGAGGUCUGAUUCAUCAGCUGGGUAAAAAAUUCCGUCUUCGAAACCAUGAGUAAAUGCAAGAAAAUGAAGCCAGGACAGGACGAGUCCCUCGUCUGUCUGUAUACACACAAUGUGGUAGAAGUAAGGUGGCGAGGAAACUCUGGGCCUGCUGCCCUAUUCUAUUCUAUUCUUUUUUAAUUGAAUGUACUAUAAAAGAUCAUAGACUUGUGCCAAGUCAGUUACUCUGUGAAUAUUCAUUUCCCUUAGUGCUUUGUUAAUUCAUCAACAUUAGGCCUGGUCCUGACUCCACCUUUCUCCACUCCAGGCACUGGCCCACCUUUCUGUGUAUUUCCUAUAGGAUAUUAAAGAUGAUCAUGACCUACAUUGUAUCUUCAUUCAAUAACUGUUUACUCCCAAAUUUGAGGGAGGUGUGUCUUUUGUUUUGCCAGAAAAAAUUUGUAGUAGUCUGCACGUUGGAUUUCUAGGGCCAGAGAACUGCAGCAGUGAAACUGGUUUCACUUCUAAGGCCCUUCAUUACCCACAAGGUUAAGCUCUCUGAACCGCAUUUGAUCCUUGGGUCGUAUUUUGAUCCUCCUUUGGAAUCUUAAAAAAAAUCGGUGUCCAUGUUGUAUGCAGAUUAGAAGUUGCCUUGUUCGCUACUCUUCCAGCACAGAGUAUCAGGGAGAAAGAGGCCUUAUCCGUUCCUCCAUCCCUUCCGUUUUGACAGACUGCUAAGAUUUCCUCAGGACUUCCUUUGGUUUGGGAUUUUACUUUCCCAAAAGCCUGAUCUGAUUCAUUUCAGGCAUAGACAAGCUUGUCCUAGUGCUCUGCUUCAGGGCUAAUCAGAUGAAACCCAGGAAUAGAAAAGGUAGAUGCCUUGACUUUUGUCCCUGUUGGGGGAUUAAAGUGUUUAUCGCCAGAGUUAUCAAAAGCUCUAGUUAACAAAGCAUUCAGAGUUUCAAGGGAAAAAAAAUGAUGCUUUUUCUCUUGGAGAACUUUUAAGUUCUCCACCAUGGCUUAGAUUUUCCAAAAUGGAAAGCAAAGCUUGUAUAAAAUCCAUUUUCACUAGAGAUAUACAAUUGAGUAUAGUCAUCUCAGUCUAUUUCCCUCUCCUUAUUUCCUCCUUGGUCACUGAUUGAGUCAGGCUGGAGGGGUAAGUUAUGAUUGCAAGAAGUGAAUUUUCACUGUAAACUUGGAUUGAUUAAUAGAAACAAUAAAACCAAACAAAAUAGUUGCCCCUAAUUCCUAGCUCCAAGAAUUGCUUUGUGCCAUUUUGAAUUCAGGUAGUUAUUCUGUAUAUACUUAGAAGACUGUUCUGAGCUUCUUCAAUCUCUAGAAGUUCAAAAGGGGUAUCUGGGAAGACACAGGGCAGGGUGAUUUUGAGAACCCUACUCAUGCAUGAAAUUAAAAAUAUGGAUAAGCCAGAAUGAUGUAACAUCCAAAUUUGUGGUAGAUGAAGAAUCAGUGGAAAUUCUUAAUUGCACAGACUUUAUAAUCCAUAAUACAGAGUGUAAUUCCAUACUUUUUACUGUGGCAAGGGUGUGAUGUGCUGUUAACCUUUUUAAUUUUUGAAUCCAAACUGAAUUUAAAGUGUUGAAUAUUUAAAUUCCUCACAAGCUAAUUAUGAACCAUUUGUAAAGUGUUUAUAUAACUCUUUGUAUCAUGUGUUGGUACAUCUUAUCAAGUUUUUUCUGGCAUGUAUUCCAUUCUAAACUUCUGUAAAAAUUUCUAUUGUUGCUGUAAAUAUUAUACAAAUAUCUAUUCCGUGGUAACCUUAAUUAUCAGCAUGAAAUGGUUAAUUUUUACUGAGCACAAUGUAUUUUUGAAUGGAUCUUCCCAAAUGUCUUUAAUAAAAUGCAGAUUUUGCACUGACUGAUGUGA